AUGGUCUCCCAGUGUCUCCGUGUUCGCUUACUUAUUCUGGUGGGUCAUAAAUGGCCAAGUUAUGCUGCCAUUUUGAAGAGGCUGAACGCAAGAAGGCCUGACCGCCCCCCCGCCUCCGCGCCGUUGCAAUCCCCUGCCGAUGCUGCCGACGGCGUGAGGCUGUCUCCGAGGCUCCGUGACACCAUAAAUCACCACGCCCUCAGCCCGCCCUCGUCGUCGCCUCUGCCCGCCCUCACCUCGCCUCAACCCGCCUUCACUCGCCCUCCUUCGCCCUCACCUCGCCUCAGCCCGCCUCCUUCGCCUCGCCUCACCUCGCCCUCAGCCCGCCCUCCUCGCCCUCACCCGCCCUCACCUCGCUCUCGUCGUCGCCCUCAGCCGCCUCACCUCGCCCUCAGCCCGCCCUCACCUCGCCUCAGCCCGCCCUCGUCGUCGCCCUCAGCCCGCCCUCGUCGCGUCACACGUCCUGUCGCUCGCACCUCGCCGCCCCUCGCCCCAGGCCCCGUCGUACCUGCCCGACCUAAUUGA